AUGACCAGAUAUUUUCAAAUGCGCCCCUGCGAAGCCAGCUUUACGGGUGCUACGCCGACUCGUCGUUUCCAUCAUUGCCAUCGGCAUUGCAGUCAGCGGACCAUCGAGCGUGCAUUUCAACAAUCGGCUCCGGCUUGCAGUAUGACGGGGUGCAGCGCACCAAACUGCACAGGCGGCACCGAAGGUGGCAAAGGUUUUUACGUGGUGCAGUGUGGACAGACAGACGCGCAUGCAUCGGCGACUGGUAUGGUUACUCCGUAUGUGCCGAGACCAGCCUGCUCCGAAAGGGACCAAGAUGUACGAGCAGAUCGAUCCUACCGAACAUCAAGAAAAACGUCACCACAACACCCAAGAAGCAUGUCCUCGCAAAAAACUUUGGACACCGCCGACUGCGUCGUAUUCGGCGUGCUUACGGCUGUGGGUUACAUCGUAGGCAUAUACUUCUCGUUUUCCAGGCGGCGGCAGAAGCUGGUGUCCAGUGAUAGUAAUGUGGCCAGCGUGGAACUUGAAGCGUUCCUGGGAGGCCACAGUCUCCCGGCCGCUGCCCUGGCCGUAUCUGUUCUGGCGUCCGUGGCGAACGGCAUGAACGUGGUCGGAUUUGUGGGUCACUACUACGCUCACGGGUUCCACGCGCUGUGGAUCUUGGUGGGUACUCCACUGGCGACCACCUUUGCGGUGGUUGUGAUGGUUCCGCUUCUUUAUCGCCUCGGCGUGGCAUCCAUCUUUCAGUAUCUUCGUAUGCGUUUCGACAACAAGGUCGGAAUCACGGCGAGCAUCGUCUAUUUCGUCCUAAGCCAAACACUUGGCGCCGUGGGAAUCUAUAGUGCUGCGAUUGGAUUGGCUACAAUGCUCUCGGUUCCGCUGUUGUAUUCCAAUAUCGUAAUUGGCCUCGCGGGAACAAUUUACACAGCCCUGGGUGGACUUCGUGGCGUUGUCUGGGCGGACUGCGUACAAGCACUCGUUAUGUUCAUAGCGCCGUUGACGAUUAUUGCGAAGGUCCUUUACGACUCUGGCCGCGUGGAUCCACCGCUGAGACCCAUGCGUGAUCUCAAUGUUACAGAGUACAUGUUCAGAUCAAACUUGGAUAUGACGCUCGACGAAAACAUAUGGAGUUGCUUCAUCGGUGGCCUGCCGUACAUUUUUGUGCGGGUAGGAUUGGACCAAAUGGUUGUGCAGAGAUUUAUGGCAGCGAGAACUGUACAAGAUGCCAAAAGGAUCGCGAUCGUCAGUUCGGUGUUCGUGGUCUUUUUUUUCUUCCUAGUUGGAGUUGCUGGUGGGACAAUAAUUUAUUGGUACAGAGACUGUGACCCACUCCUGUCUGGCGCUAUCAAGAGCUAUGAUCAGGUUGUGCCUUACUACCUAAAAGAAAGUCUUUCGGAGGUCACAGCACUGCGGGGGCUAUUUCUCGCAGGCCUCCUAGGCGCUACAACAAGCACGGUUUCAUCAGUUGUCAAUUCUCAUGCGGCCACAUUUUUCAUCGACGUUAUUGCACCGUACUACAUUUUAUCGGAGGGGAAGGCCUUGAUUGUAAUGCGGCUGCUUGCGUUUGCCAGCGGUACGAUCAUGACACUUUUUGCAAUCGCAGUGCCCUCUAUUGGUACCGCGACUCGGCUGUUCUUAAACUUCUAUGCCUCCGCUUCGGGACCAUUCGCAGCGCUUGUCAUUCUGGCUGUCUCGAGUCCAUGGGUCAAUGCGAAGGGUGCCGCCUGGGCGAGCGUGGUCGUUUGUGGGCUCCAGCUGUGGCACGCGGUUGGCAGGAGCUUGUCCAGUGUGGUGAAGCCGCCCGUGUUUCCUGGAACGCUCGACAGGUGCCCGGGACCAGAAAACGUGACCGCCGAAAUAGCGAGGAAUCUGUACACUACGGACGCACACAGCUCCUACGUCUUCCCGCUGUAUCGCCUUUCCUUCUUUUGGAGUUCCUUUUUCGGUUCCCUGCUGACGAUACUGCUUGCCAUGGUGUUGAGCUUCGCAACAGGUGGAAGGCAGAAGGCCAGAAACAAGCUACGCUUCACCAGCCCUGUAUUUAUAGACACCUGGAAAAGAUUCAAGUUCAUCAGUCAAAAAUUUGACGUGGAAACGUCGAAGGCAUUCAAAAUUUCAGGCGACAAGUCCGAGGAUGACGAGCACACGGCGCUAGGCGCGGAGCUGUCUCCGGUCUUGAAAGAGCGUGCAAGCAGCGACGUGUCCGCUGGAAACGUGGCAGAGUGCUCGACGUAAUAACGGAACUAUCAGUUGCAGGUCACUGUCAUUCAGGUUCCUACUGUGAUUGCGUGAGACCAAGUCACUUCUGCAUUCGCAACGACGAUGUCAACUGAGAAAACCACGCUGACACGAGUAACUGCCGUCAUUGGAAACAUUUAACGUGCGUGAGGACUGAGAAGACAGACAUGUCUAACCGAGGUCACCUAAACAGCGUAACGUCGGCUACUUCAGGCUGUGGCGGUGAUGAUUUAGACUGCGAUUGGACAAUCACAGAGGUGGGACCCACUCAUGGCCACCUGACUUUAUAUGCCUCGUCACGGAAACGUAGUUCACUUCUGUAGCGUCAUGCUCCGUACGCGCAUCCAUAUAAUUACGUUGUGCCAUGGGCAUCCUGCUGUAAGUGGAUUCUUCCUGGCAUCGAGGUCUCCAGAGGCAACCAUGAUGACGUAGCCGCUCCAUUCCAAUCCCGUUUCGGUUCGGCGUCGCUGGUCGGAGUAGCACUCCGCCCAUAUCACAGUCUUAUCGGCUGGCAGCGAGCGAAAGAUAAAAAUUGAAUCGGUCGAAUUGUAUUGCUAGAUUUUACCGGCCCAGCAGUUUUGAGGCAUGCCUGUAAGGGGAAGUACUUACUCUUACACAAAACAAAGCCAUCAAGAUAAGCACUUAGCGGUUGUUUCUUAUAAUGGAGGCGAGAUUUAUUUUCAAAUCAAGUUGUCGCGCUCUGCUUUCACAGACUUCAAACCUACUCACUUCUUAUAGCUGUGUUUUCUAUAGCGACGCAAGUAUAGCUUCUAAAGAAGAUCUGUUUUUCCCAUAGAUAAGAGUUGUGUGGAGAGCCAAUGUGCUUUAUUCAGUGGAAGUUCCAGCGCAGCCCGUUUUUCUUUCUUCAAGCUUUAUGCACCCGCCGUGGUUGCUCAGUGGCUAUGGUGUUGGGCUGCUGAGCACGAGGUCGCGGGAUCGAAUCCCGGCCACGGCGGCCGCAUUUCGAUGGGGGCGAAAUGCGAAAACACCCGUGUGCUUAGAUUUAGGUGCACGUUAAAGAACCCCAGGUGGUCGAAAUUUCCGGAGUCCUCCACUACGGCGUGCCUCAUAAUCAGAAAGUGGUUUUGGCACGUAAAACCCCAAAUAUUAUUAAGCUUUAUGCGAAUAAUAUGCUACAGCUUGCCUCCCCUUUUCUUCAGAUUAUCCUGCUUCAUGUGCAGCGUGAUAGUGCUCGCUUCUUAUUUAUCGUGGGGGCGUUUCUUUAUUUGAGCAAGUGCACUACUUAAUGCUGUUGCUUACAUGUAUGUUUGGAAAGGAAAAUACAAAGAUUUUCGGUGCAAAUAUUGUUCGCUUGCCUCGUUCUCACAAGGUUUUGCGGUAAAAAAAGGAGGAAUUAUGCUGUCCAGUGGUAAGUAAAUCACUGUCCUAGCCUGUUUAAUAAUAUGUUGUUAAAUAUAGAACAAAAAUAUUGAAAAUGCAGAUUCCAGUGCAAGCUUGAGAGCACAGUGUUCCAGUUCGAUCAUUGUAACUGAAAAAUACGUGUUUGCCAAUGUAAUGGAGUUUGUCGGGAAAUAUUACAAGCUACAACAUACUGAGAAGUGUAAAUUGUUUCACCACAAAUCGAGAAACACACACAAAAGAGAGAACUGAUAGAACUCAUGGGUUCAUCCUAACAUGAAGUGAGCUACUGUAGGUUUUAGAAACUUGGCAAAGUAUCUGUUUUGCAUCUAAAUUUACUUGUGUUAAAUUUAAGCAUUCGUCUAGUCUAAUAAACCAGCUUGCAUGCUCACUUCUAACAUUGUGCGAUAAACAGCAUAGAGGGGGGUGUUGCAACGACAUGCGGGAGUGUGCGCAUCUCCAUUCCGUUUGCCUGGGCGAGAAAUCGUAUAUUUCUAUAGUUAAGCUAAUUUGCUUAUUUCUGUUCUUCCACUAAUUGCUAUACUGUGGGCUGCGCUAGUAACAGAAUGGGAUUGAAGGAAAAAAAAUUGCGACCUGAUUCGUCGUGCCGUGCAUUUUUCGUACAUGUGGUUUUUGUGCAAUCCGCAGUUUGAAUCGAUAUCAGCUCCACCAGCUUAAAGUUCUUUUAAUUAGAAGGUUCCUGAAAUUUACAUAGCAGAAAAGAAACUUUAGACAAUGCUAUGACAAAUUCAGUUUCGUUUGCGCAAUCAAAAGUGAGUAUGAGAUUCAAUGGGAGGGAUAAUAAAAGACGCUUUAACAUCAGAAGUGUAGCUCCGGCGUUGCUAAUAUAACCACAUGUCAGUGAAAUCUUAAUAUUUUUGCGCGAUAAGCCUAAUUAUAAAACUCCAAAGAGUGAAAUAUGGACAAAACUUUCAUUUUGCGAUUAGCGACAUGGUGGCUUGAUUCGCGAUCGAACAUUAAUGUGGUAUACUUCAGUUUCCAAGCAGCGUAGACUCUAAAUCCAUCUGGCUGCUGGGUCUUUAAAAGUCACGAGACGGAGAACGGCUUGGGUUUUCUGACAUAGCUGGACAAAUGCAGUCGUCACGUAUGCUGCAUUACCAAUGCUCACUUUUAUAGGGUAACUACACGAAAAGAUAUAGACAAAGCAUCCAGAGCAAUACCCUACACGUGCUGGCUUUAUUAGCGACAGUACACGAGAGUAAACGCAGCAAUUUCAUCGGAAGUGUAACACACGACAACGGCGAAAUCCCUUGCUGACGUCACCGAAGCGCUGCUCGAGCACCUCCAUCGGUCGCGCGCGUGGCAUAUGGUUCAACGUCUGCAGCAUAUGUGGCGGCAGACUGAGCUAGCUACUGGUACAUAGAAGGUAGUUAAAAAAUAUGUAAAGAUGUGCUUCCGUCUAGUGGCUAUAGGGAUACUGAACCUCGGCUCUUCUAAGGAUCACCUACCGCGGGCUGGUGGAACCCGGCCGCUACGCAUACGCCAAUGGGAAAUUGCCGCAGCGAACAACUAGAACAACUAGUUUGAACUAGAGGUUCAAACUAUAAUGAAUGGUAGAAGAAAAGAGAAAGUGUCACACCGUAUCUCAAUGUUUCCGCUGCAGUUUUAAAUACUUGUGUGAAGCUUGCAGGUAGGCGUGGAAGCAGGUGCCUUGUGUCCUAACUAUUUGUAGUGAUGGAGAUGGGCUUUUUUUUUCUUCUCGACGUUACGUUAUGGAAAGAGGAAAGUUUAGCCUCAGGAACUAAAACACAUGGAAUACAUGGAAACACAAAUUAUUUCUCUUAGCAACCGCUACACAGUGCUUGACGAAAUGUUUGGCAAAAAAAAAACAUUGUCGAAAUUGGAUAGAGUUGAAUUAGACUUAAGCCAUAUUUCUUCGCACAGGUGUCAAUGAAAGCACCGGAAUUUAUAAGUAAAACAGCAUGCGAAGAACUUUAAAAUUGAGCGAAUACAAAAUAAGAAAGGGUGAGUGCAGUUUUGUGAGCUAAACCUGUCGAGGAACAAAAAGCGGACGAAACCGAUAUUCUAUGAUUACAGCUUUGGCCAAACCAUCGUAAGCACUCUCCUGUUAGCUUAAGUUGUAAUGUAACGCUUAUUUCCUAGUGCCAGGAUUGGAGAAUGGCCCCCAAUCAGUCUGUUGAAAUGCAAUACAAUCAUGUUCACACACAAGAAAUAGACAUCCUCAAAUCAAUAGCAAUUUUGUUCACGGUGAACGCGUGACUGAGGUGUCACAUGAUAAAUAUAUGGGAGUUAUGUUUGCCAAUAAUCUUUCAUGGAACACAAGCAUUCACUACUUAUCAUCGAAAGCCAGCCGUGCGCUCAACGUUAUCAGAAGGAAUUCUUAGCAUGGUCUUCAUGAACUCAAAUAACUAUUAUACCUAACUAAUCUCCGUCCAGUAUUAGAAUAUGUCCAUUCUGCAUGGGAACCUUACCCAAAGAAAAACUAAAUAAGCUUGAGCGUGUGCAGAAACGUGCAGGCUGCUUCGUUUGUUGCAACUAUGACUUCAGGAAAAGCACUACCGCAAUUCCGAAUGAUCUGCGUUAUCCAUCACUAGAAUAUAGGAGGAAUAAUCUCAGAUUAUGCCUUUUCUAUAACAUAUUCCGUGGCAGAACCGGCAUUGACAAGGACAUGUAUGUUAAGUCACCAACUUAUGUGUCUCAUUGAACAGGUCACUCAAUGAAAAUGCGGGAAUUCAGGUGCAGGGUGAAUAUUUCUGAGUAUGCUUUCUUUACGAAAACAAUUCAUGACUGGAAUGCUUUACCAAACCACAUUGUCACAGCUCCUCCCUCAUCUUUCUCUACUCACCUGCAGCGUUUGUGGUUCAACUUCUGAUGCACUGUUUUGUCUAUAAGCUGCUCUGUGCAGCUUGAUCUUUUUCUUCGCUUUGGCUUUUUAUGUGUGUUCUUUUGUCCCGCAGAAUUUUCAUAUUAAUAUGUAUAAUAGUAUGCUAUUCUUGAAUUUUUUUUCUAUAUGUGUAAUGAAGCGUGUUGUUGAUCUGUCUGUGUACGCGCUUUCUGGAAACGUUUUUAUACGGAUGUAUGUACGGAUUAAUCUGCUUACCGCUUUUCUGUACUCUCCCUCCCCCUUAUAUAGUGCCCAUUCGGGUGCUGUAGGUAUUGUAAAUAAAUGAAUGAAUAAAUAAAUAAAUACUUCAAUUCACACACAAUAUUAAUGGCUUUCAGAUGUCCCAACAGGUGUAGUUUGGAGAAGUGCAAAGUCUAGUUACAUAUUUGCAAAUAGGUGCUUUAUUGUUCUUACCGAUUUUCCGUAACAUUUAAGGGAUAGACUAUUUUACGGAAACGUUUAGAUGCCGCCAUCUUGGACUGUUAACGCUGCUGUUUUGUGUCUUUAACGACGAAGUGUACGUUACUACAGUCGAUUCCCAAGCAUGAAAAUAGUUGUAUAAAUCCGUUCAGCGUUUCAUGACCAUGUUACGUCAAUUCUAAUAAAACAUAGAAAUUGUUUGUGUAACAGUCCCAGAAGGUGGCGCCUAUGAAGGGACAUGCGCCAAAUCAAUAUACAUCUUCGCACAAGCGGUGAAAUUAAAUGGUGCUGUCUUUUCUGUUGAA